UAUACAAUAUUUUUUUACCAAGUGGUUGUCAAAGAAAUUACCUUAAGACAUCAAGGAUCCAUUAUCUAAUAUCAAAUAUUUAUUUUAUGUCCAGGCUGUUCUGAAGAUUGUCACUUUGUAAAUAUUUUCACCAACGUUCACAUAAUAUUAUUCGGAUUAUACUGUUGAGUGAAACCAACGUUUAACGAUUAGCUUUAUUCUGUAAUGGUUCAAGUAUUCAAUUAAAAGAUUGAACGAUGAGUUGGCGGAGAGUUAUCCCCAGAAGAAAGAAUGGGUACGUGCCGCGACCUCGAUUUGAACAAGUUUUAGACACAGACAGUGAAGCUUCAUUUGAUAUUGAUGUUGUGCAUAAACUAUUCGAGGAACCGGAUCCGAUACGGUUAUCAUUAUCGGCAACCUUGGCGAGAAUGAGGGAACGCGAAGAAUUACUCGCUAAUCAGGAAUCAAAAGUGGACAAAAUCGUCAUACCGAAACCCUACAACCUCUCUGACGACGAUGAUGACAAUAGUGAUGACAAUGAUGACGACGAUGAUGUAGAUAAUAAUGCUCCUCAAGACGAGGUUGUUUUAAAUGGUGUUAUGGAAUCGGAAGUACCAAAUGACAUUGAUAUAAUAGAAGAUGAAAAUAGUGACGAUGAAUUCGAUUUGGAAUUACCAGAAGAGUUAACGGAAAGAUCAAGACGUAGAUUAUAUGAUACAAGAGAGAUGUAUAUAAAGGCGUGUAGAUCUGGUCAAGUUCAACCAUCAAAUACAUACCUCCAUCAGUUAAACAGACAACGUAUAUCAUUACGUAGUCUACUGAUGAAACCACGUGAUAUUAAACCAGUUGCUGUUUCAUUAGUGAGGGAUACAGUGACCACAGUAUUAGAUCUGUCAUAUAAUGACCUAGGGCCUGUAGGUAUCAUGUACGUGGCAGAGAUGAUACAAGAAAAUAAUUCAUUAUUAGAUAUAGAAUUAUCAGCAACGUUUCCUGGUAAACAUGGUUUAUUAGCACUAGCUGAAGCACUGAAAGCUAACAAAAAUAUAUGUACAGUCAAUCUAUCACAUAACGGCAUAGAGCACACAGAAGCACAUAUUAUAGCCGAUAUAAUCGAGUCAGUAGUUAGUUUAGAGGAGUUGUAUUUAAGUCAUAAUAAACUGGGCUAUGAGGGAGGUAAAUCUAUUGCCACUGCCGUAGGAAACAGCAAAACCUUAUUGACCCUAGAUCUGGAAUGGAACAAUAUUAGACGAGCAAGCGCCGUAGAAUUAGCAAAAAUGUUGGCAAAUAAUACGACAUUAAAAACUUUGAAUGUAGCUUGGAAUGGUUUUGGGAAGGAAGGAUGUAUAGCAUUUGGUAAAUCUUUGGUACAAAAUACAACUCUUUACGAAUUAAACUUGUCCAGUAAUCGAGUUGAUCCUUCAUCUUUAAGUUACUUGUUACGUGGUUUGAUGAAAAACACUGGAUUGGUGUCUUUAAAGUUAAAUGGUAACUCUAUAACAACAGAAGGGUGUAAAGCAUUAGUAGCAACUAUUGGUACAUCUAAAACUAGCAACAUUAAAGAUAUAGCAUUAGACGGUGUCCCAGUUGAUGCCGAGUUUGUUGAAAUGGUAAAAAUUCUUAGUUCGGAGAAAAACAUGACUAUAACUCAUGGUCGACAGAUGAAAAUAGGAACAGUCGUUGACCCUCGAAAACACGACAGUAGUGACCUGAGCCAAUACGACCCGGUUCUGAUUCUGUUUGAAUAUAUGAGACUGGAUAACCUACGAUUGAUUGACUUGUUCAAGAUGUUUGAUUUUAAUAAAAGAGACAAGUUAUCCAAGAAUAAUUUUAGAGAAGGUCUCACGGUUUUACAGAUCCCUUUAACAGAACAUGCUCUAUGUGUGAUCAUGAAAAGUUUAGAUACAAAGAAAGACAGAUUUGUUGACUUGGAGGAAUUCAUGAACGGUCAAAAAGAAACCUCCAGGUACAUCAUCCAACGACAACUGAAGGCAAAGAAAAAGAAAAAAGAGGACGAAGGACUGUUAGAAUUGCGGAAAAUUUUGAAGGAAAUUAUAAAACAACGCAAAGAGAUGCAAUCUGAGAAGGAUAAGGCUAAACACCAAGAAAUUCGGGAUAAGAAAGAUAAAAAGGAUAAAAUAGACUCAAUAAAAGCUGGCGAGAAAAAGAGUGUGGCAGGGGUGUUUAAAGAGGCAGUAUUACGUGUGAUGCGGGAAGCUCAGUUUGAAAAAGAACAACAACUGCGGUUACCUGUACCAAUUUCGGACCCUAUAUCGGAAAUGAAAGUGUAAUGUAUGUUUAUAAUGAACACAGCAUCUUUGAGGUUAAUGAGAAUAUUGUUAUUGAUGGUUUUAUUAACUAUUCCGGAAAUAAAAGGAUAGUCGCCAUCCAUUAUGAUAUAGCUGUUUAAACGGGAUACAUAUAAAUCUACGCACAAGUCGAUAUACAUAAAAUACAUUAGUAUAUGAAAUUACAAUUGGUAAAUUGUUCUUUGAAUACUGUAUAUUUUUAUGAUAUUGUGAUUUAUGUAUAUCAAUCGAUUACUAUGUUGUGUUUAUAUUUCCCAUGCAUUUAUUAAUCGAUUUGCGGGUAUCUACCUAUUAUUUUUUCUAGAACAUAACAUUCAUGAUCACAAUACAAAAAUGAAACCAUAUUGUUUUAAAUAGCAAUUAGACAAUUAUUUCUCUUUGUCAUCUCUCCUUAUUGACCAAACGAAGUACAUUACGCUUGUAAUAAAAUAGACAGAGGGCAGAGGGUCUGGCAUGCGACAAAGUAUAGUCAUUCGGAUGGGAUGAAAAGCCGAGGUCUCGCGUGCACAUUGGCUUUAAAUCCCAUUUCAGUUCAGUUCAGUUUUCAUAUAGUAGCAGUGGAACUCUGGAUUAAGCCAGUCUUUUCAUAUGGUAGCAGGGGAUUUCUGGAUUAAGCCAGUGUUUUCAUAUGGUAGCAGGGAAUUUCUGGAUUAAGCCAGUGUUUUCAUAUGGUAACAGUUUAUUCCCACGAAGGCGCAGUUAUUGACCAUAACGGAUUAAACGAGGAGGUCUUUUUCGACGACUUCGUGGGAAUCCAGCUCCUAGGGAUUAAAAUGGAUUAAAAUCGUAACAAUGGUGUUAUAGAUUGUUAUGAUAAGAAUUUACACUUUCAUAAUCCCCAAUGUAACUAAUUAACCAACAUUUUAGCAUCAUUUUUGGCAUAAGAAAUAAAAACAUAACUACACUAUAACAAAAAUUAAUUUAAUUUCGCCAAAUAAGACACCAAGUCUAAAUACUCGACUAAAGUCAAUUCCUCUUCCUCGUGUCUUCCUUUUAAUUCCUGGAGCUGACUUUGGAUUUGAGCAUAUUUAUAUCUCUUCCUUGGUUCCUGUCCCCCAGCAUACUGAACGAUUCUAAUCUCAUUAAUAUUUUGUUCUUGUUGUAAAAAUGUGAUCAUUUGAAAAACAUUCGGAUGGGCUUUUCAAACUAGCUUCUUGAUUCUUGCAUGCCAUCCUUCCAGGGUGUUGUUGGUUCAGAGUGAACAUAAAUUCAUAAAAUCUUUAACACCGUUAAUUGGGUCUUAAUAUCAACAUGCCUCUCUUCAAACGAAAGCCGACAAGUCGAUAUCUGCGCCUUCGUGGGAAGGAUUAAUUUUGGUCACGCUCUGUAACUGCGCCUUCGUGGGAAUACACCAUGGUAACAAGGGAUCUCUAGCCUAGACCUGCGUUUUCAUAUGGUAACAAGGGAUCUCUAGCUUAGGCCCGUGUUUUCAUGUGGUAGCAGGAGAUCUCUGUCUUAGGCCUGUGUUUCCAUAUGGCAGCAGAUCUCCAGCUAUAGCUAUGUUGACAUGUUUCAGUUCGCAAUGAAGCCUAAAGUUUAUAAUGUAGUCUAAAACCCAUCGUGUUCUGGGAUCAAUUUGGUUUUAAGUGCUACGUAACUCUCCAGAUAUUAAACGUGUUAUUCUAAAACUGUGUUCCUUCGUCUUUUCAAACAUUUGUUUUUGUUCUUAUUACA